GUGGGUGAGAGAAAGAGAGAAAAGGUUGGGUUGCUAUUGCUGGUGCAAUGGAAGCCUGCGCUGAGUACUCGGCCAUACGCUUUAAGCAACGUGCCGUGAUUGAGUUUUUGACUGCCAAAGGAGUCCCUCCAAUUGAAAUUCACCGCCGAAUGCAGGCUGUUUAUGGGGACGACUGUAUUGACGUGAGUACUGUACAUCAAUGGGUCCAAAAAUGUAAAGAUGGGGAAUCGGGAAGAACCGACUUGUCUGAUCAAGAAUGAAAUGACAACCGACAAGCGAGAGAGGAGGAUAAACGGAAGAACAGUCGGGCAUCACUUAAAGGGAAAUCGCUGCCUAUCUGCCAUUUUGCAGGAUUAUUACACAUUAUUGUCCUUUUUCAGCACUGGGAGGUAUUUCUCAUCAUGUCAAUAAAUCCAAUGACAUAUGAAGCACAGUUUUUUGGUUUUACCCCUCAAACAUUCAUGUUGCGGAUAUAUUUUGCUUUUCAAGAUCAUCUUUCUCAUAUAAUGCUGGUAGUGGAGAAAGUUAUAUUGAAUAAACUACAGAACAUCUGUCCUAGUCUUACACCUACUUUAAUCCGGAGGAGCACAGAAAAAUUCUUUGCUUUCAUGAAGGAACGCUUCGACAAUCAGUUCACUAAGAUGGAAAAAUCUCUUUUAAGCACAGUUUUAAGCAUUCCCAAGAACAUUUGCCUUCCAGAAGAUAAAUUUCAAGAGGAAUUUUGCUAUACUGCAAAACAGUUUCAAGAGCUGGAGAAUGAAAUCAGCCAGCUAGAAAGAGAACUUAAAGCUGAAAUGUGUGCUGAGCAAGCCCUACAAACAGAACUGGAAGAGCAAAAGAUUGUUCAGGGGCAUCUUGAAGGGAUUCUACAAUGGUUUGAUGGUCUUGACAAUAUAGGCAGAAAUGAAGGGGCUGGAAACCUUAAAGAAAGCUUUGCUGCCUUGACAAAAACUGCCGCUAAACUGCAUAAUAUUGUGCAGGAAGUGGAGGACAAAAUGAACAGACUGAGAAAGUGACUGUAUAGUAAUAUAAUAAACACAUUUCAAUCCAUUCUUUUUUUCCCCUUUGGAAAUAUUUCCAAGAGGUUUGUGUGGCAGUCAUGAAUUGUUUGCAUAAUUUGCAAACAAUAAAGGCCUUUCUGAGAUAGCAUCUUUC